AUGAGCUCACUGCUGAGGCUGAGUGGCGUGUCUUGUGAGGAAAGUGGGGCGGUAAUCCUGAGGGACGUGGACCUGGAGGUGAGCGAAGGGGACGUCGUCGUGGUUCAGGGGCGAAGUGGGGGUGGCAAGACGACGCUGCUGAAGAGCAUCGCAGGCUUGCGAAUGUACCACGGCUCGAUACGAUUCCCUAUCCACUUACCCAUCCUUCCAGGUGCCCCGCAUUAUCGUACGCAGGUCACCUAUGUCCCGCAACGACCGUCCUUGCUCCCCGGCACACCGCAAGACUUCGUCUACCAGAUUAUGCAGUUCAAGGCGCGCCACUCCUCGCACGACUCAGCGGACAAGGUCCUUGCGCGCGCUAUGGAGACCGCGGCUGGAUGGGGCGUGGACAAUGCGUUGUGGCAGCGACCGUGGACGACGCUGAGCGGCGGGGAGGCGCAGAGGGUCACACUGGCUAUUGCGCUGGGACUGGAUACGGCGGAGGUGCUGUUGUUGGAUGAGCCGACAUCGGCGCUCGACGCAGAGUCCACCAAACUUGUCGAAAAGGACCUUUUGAGCGAAGUCAACUCGUCGGAGGCGCGGCUCAAGGCGCUUGUGUGGAUCACGCAUGCGGAGGAGCAGGCAAGGCGGGUCGGGACGAGGUUCUUGACAGUGGAGAAUGGGGCGGUGACGGAGGUGCAGCUGCCACCUGUAUAG